AUGACUACUGAGAAAGGAAGGUUCAUGGGAGAACAAGAACCACUCCCCUCCACUGCUCCUGAAGUCCCUCACACAACUGAUACAGGUGAUGAUGAAGAAGAACUUAAGUUUGGUCUGCACCCAGACAACCCAGCUAACUUCCUCAAGCUAUCUGGUGCUCUUUGGAUCUUGAUGCAACAUACUUUUUUGGAUGCAGACAUUGAUUCCACAGACACACUUAUCCAGCAAUAUAUUACUGAAUUACUGAAGCUUUAUGAUUCAAAUGUUAUCAAACCAAACUACCACUAUGCGACACAUAUUGUGACAUUUGCACACAACUUCAGGCCACUUCACGACUUCUGGACCUUUCUUUUUGAGCACCUCAAUACAGCACUUAAGUCUUUCAAGACCAACAACCAUGGAGACAGAGAACUCAAGACAACAUUUUUCUCUGAGUUCCAUUGA